AUGUCUGAAGGCCAGGAAGCAGUAUAUCGAGAUUCUCAAGGCGAUGCUGCCUUUGACAGUCAGAGAAAUGGAGCCCCGAGCGCUUCAGGUGGCUCAGCAGAAGCACAACUUUUUGUUGGGGAAAAUGGCGAGCAAGACAGAGAGAUGGCCGGUGACGGCGAAGAUGUAGCACUUGUAUCAUUUGUUCCUCUUGAACGCUUGCAAGUGAAUGGUAUAACAGCCCUGGAUAUUAAAAAGCUGCGCGAGAACGGACUUCAUACGGCAGAUGCGGUGGCGUAUGCCCCUCGUAAGGACUUGCUUGAAAUCAAAGGCAUUUCAGAGGCCAAAGCGGAUAGGCUUUUGAACGAGGCCGCCAGGCUUGUCCCUAUGGGGUUCGUGACCGCGGCUGAUUUUCAUAUGCGUCGCUCAGAGAUGAUCUGUCUGACUACGGGAUCGAAGAAUCUCGACACGCUCCUGGGAGGUGGCAUCGAGACGGGCUCUAUCACAGAACUUUUUGGUGAGUUCAGAACUGGUAAGUCUCAGCUCUGCCACACUUUGGCGGUGACGUGCCAGAUCCCGCUCGACAUGGGUGGCGGCGAGGGCAAGUGCUUGUAUAUUGAUACAGAGGGUACGUUCCGGCCGAUCAGACUGGUUUCUAUAGCUCAACGGUUUGGGCUCGAUCCCGAUGAUGCUCUGAACAAUGUUGCAUACGCCCGUGCGUAUAACGCGGACCACCAACUGCGGCUGUUGGAUGCGGCGGCGCAAAUGAUGAGUGAGUCGCGUUUCUCGCUCAUUGUUGUUGACUCCAUCAUGGCACUUUACAGGACUGAUUUUUCGGGCAGAGGCGAGCUCAGUGCCCGUCAAAUGCACUUGGCCAAGUUUAUGCGCGCAUUACAAAGACUCGCGGACCAGUUCGGCGUUGCUGUUGUGGUUACAAACCAAGUCGUGGCACAGGUUGACGGUUCUGCAAUGUUCAAUCCCGAUCCCAAGAAACCUAUUGGCGGGAAUAUUAUGGCUCACUCAUCUACUACACGGUUGGGAUUCAAGAAGGGCAGAGGCUGCCAGAGGUUUUGCAAAGUUGUCGAUUCGCCAUGCCUGCCGGAAGCCGAAUGCAUUUUUGCCAUUUACGAGGACGGAGUUGGAGAUCCUCGCGAGGAAGAUGAGUAA